AUGGAUGCAACUCGCAUGCCUUUACGUGUAGCUGUUGAUCAGGUUCAUUUGAAUGCUGCCUGCUUGAUUCAUUGUGGUCUAAGGUUCAGAACGGAAGCCCAAUACCUCCUACCUUCAUGGGCUUCCCUUCCCAAUAUUCCUGCCAAUCUUAACCCUUGUACUUGGUUUGGUAUUUAUUGCAAUCAUGCUGGAAGUGUCAUCAGAAUGAACCUUACCAACUCUGGAUUACAAGGUACGCUUCAAGAGUUUUCUUUUUCCUUAUUCCCAAAUCUUGCAUAUGUUGAUCUCAGUGCAAACACUCUCUUUGGUACCAUUCCGUCUCAAAUUAGAUCUCUAUCCAAACUCAUCUAUCUUGAUUUGUCCAAUAAUAAGUUGUCAGGGAAAAUCCCACCGGAAGUUGGUUUCCUGACUAGUCUUCAAUUCCUUUACCUUUGUGAAAAUCAAUUAAAUGGUUCAAUUCCUGAAGAAAUAAGUCACCUUAAGUCUCUAAGUGAGCUUCAUCUAUGCAACAACAGUUUCGACGGUUCCAUUCCUACUUCUUUAAGCAUUUUGAGCCACCUAGCUUCUUUGCAUCUCUAUGGCAAUGAACUUUCCGGUUUCAUUCCUCCAGAAAUGGGAAAUCUUUCCAAUUUGGUUGAACUAUUCAUUGACACAAACUGUCUGACAGGUCCAAUCCCUUCAACUUUUGGGAACUUAAAAAUGCUGACCUCCUUGUUAAUUUUCAAUAAUUCACUUUCUGGUCGUAUCCCUCCAGAAAUAGGAAAUAUGACAUCCCUUGAGGAGUUAAGCCUUUCUAGAAACCAUCUCAAUGGUUCAAUUCCAACAUCAUUAGGUGAUUUGGCCAAUCUUAUGAUUCUUCAUCUCAGCUUUAACAAUCUUUCCGGUACCAUUCCUGAGUUAGGAAAAUUGAAGUACGUCUAUGAUCUAGAGUUGAGCCGAAACCAACUUAUUGGUUCUAUUCCAACUUCAUUUGCUAAUUUGAGUGACUUGGAGUAUUUAUUUCUCCGUGAUAACCAACUUUCUGGUCCUAUUCCUCAUGGGAUUGGAGAUCACAUGAACUUGUUUUAUCUGGAACUAGACACAAACCAAUUUAAUGGUUAUUUGCCUGCAAACGUUUGUUACGGUGGAUCUCUAAAACACUUCACUGCAAGCAACAACAAUUUCAUUGGCCGAGUCCCUAAAAGCUUGAAAAAUUGCACGAGCUUGAUCAGAGUUCGCUUGGAAGGUAACCAACUCCUUGGAGAUAUAUCUGAAGACUUUGGUAACUAUCCAAACUUGACCUUCAUGGAUCUAAGCCAUAAUAGAUUUUAUGGUAGAAUCUCAGGUAGUUGGGGACAGUGCCCACAGCUACAAACCUUGAUAAUCAGAGGGAAUAAUAUCGUUGGAAGCAUAUCUCCCGGCAUUCUUCGAAACUUAAGUCAACUACAUGUCCUUGAUCUUUCUCUCAAUCGUAUAGUUGGGGUGAUUCCAAAAGAACUUGGAAGGUUGACUUCUCUAGUUCAAUUGAAGUUAAAUGGCAAUCAGCUCUCUGGUGCUAUACCUAUAGAAUUUGGAUCAUUGACUAAUCUUGAAUUUCUUGACUUGUCCUCGAAUAGACUUAACAAGUCGAUUCCAAGUAAUUUUGGAGGCCUUAUGAAAUUAUACCACUUGAAUUUAAGCCAGAACAAUUUUAGUGAAGGGAUUCCACCCAACCUUCUGAGCUUAUCUCAAGUCUCUGAAUUAGAUAUGAGCUAUAACUCUUUAGCUGGAGGUAUACCAUCAGAAUUUGGAACAAUGAAUAGUUUGGUGAAGCUGAAUCUCUCCCACAAUCAUCUUUCUGGUUUCAUUCCAACAGCCUUCGAAGAAAUGCGUGGCUUGUUGUAUGUUGACAUAUCCUACAACGAGUUGCAUGGUCCAAUUCCCAAUAGUGAAGCAUUCCUAAAUGCUCCGCUUGAAGCAUUACAAGGGAACAAGGGAUUGUGUGGUAACGUUACAGGAUUGCAACCUUGCUCGAAAAGGGGAAAAAAAUUCAACUUUGCUGUCGUUGUCCCUGUUUUGGGAGCGCUUCUGGUUCUGCUUAAUUGUUUAACGAUUUUUCUAAUUAUGCGAAGAAGAAAGAAAGACCCAAAAUCCGAAGAAAGUGAAAUGCAUGAAAUUUUUCCAACAUCAACGCUAGAUGGAAGAACAAUGUAUCGAGAUAUCAUAAAAGCGACCAACAGUUUUGAUGCCAUAUAUUGCAUUGGGAAGGGAGGGUAUGGAAGCGUCUAUAAAGCAAAGCUGUCGUCAGGUGUUACUGUAGCAGUGAAGAAACUCCACCCACGACAUGAUGGUGAGCAAGGAUUCCAAAAAGAAUUCUUAAAUGAGAUUGUGGCGUUAACAGAAAUUCGACAUCGAAACAUUGUUAAACUCCAUGGUUUCUGUUCGAACGCACAAUAUUCAUUUUUGGUUUAUCAGUACAUCGAAAGGGGUAGCUUGGCCAAAAUCUUGGGGAACAAAGGUGUUGCUGAAGUAGUGGAUUGGAAUAAGAGGUUGAACAUUGUUAGAGGUGUGGCUGAUGCCUUGUCUUACAUGCACCAUGAUUGCUCACCGCCAAUUAUACAUCGAGACAUAUCAAGUGGCAACAUCUUGUUAGAUUGUCAGUAUGAGGCCCUUGUUUCAGACUUCGGCUCUGCUAAGCUUCUAAAGCUAGACUCAUCGUCUAGUUGGACUUCCCUUGGGGGCACAUAUGGAUAUAUAGCACCAGAGCUUGCUUAUACAAUGAAGGUAACUGAGAAAUGUGAUGUAUAUAGUUUUGGAGUGUUGGCAUUAGAAGUCAUUAAGGGAAAUCACCCGGGUGAUUUCAUCUCCUCACUAUCAUCUCCUUCGGCUAAGGAAAACAUUCAGCUGAAGGAUGUGUUGGACAAACGCCUUCCAUCUCCAACACUUGAAGUUGAGGAUGAACUACUAACAGUUGUAAAGCUUGCAACAGAAUGCUUAAAUGUCCAUGCACAAUCAAGGCCUACUAUGCGCAUGAUUUCUCAAGUCUUAUCCACCCAUGCUGCAAAUCGUCAACUACUGGCACCAGGAAAUUCAUGAGCAAGAUGGGUAUUCAGUACCGAUACUAUCACUUUAGGACAAUAGUUGUGAAAGUAGAGUGCUUUGUUCAAGACAAUCAAGGACUGAUAAGCAGUCCCCCGUUUGGAUUCGAAAAGUAUUUCAUCUUUUCUCAUCUCAUCAUUACAAAUUUUUCAA